AACACUGGAAACCUAGACGUUCUUGAGUUUCUUUACCAUUGGUUAAUGGUUAUCCGUAAUGGAUUUGUGACAAAUCCUUAAAGUUGGUUAAAUCGGGAGAAAGUGGAAAAAAAAGGAGGAUCCCAGAGGACAAAUGACCUCGUCCACCUUGUAGCCGAGGAGUGAGAAAAUGUCGUCUUACAGGACGGAAGAGGAGCCGGUCGUCGUUUUGGAUCAAACGGACCAACAUCCAAAAAGCAACGGCCUGGCCAAACCAGCGACCACUUCUCCCGAGGCUUCCAGCACAGCCAGCGACUCGCCGACACCGACAAAUUCUGUCCAUGAAAAGAACUGGUACACCACGCAUUGGCAAACACUAGUAUGCGAAGAGCAAAGACAGCUUUUGGGCACUGAGGAAGAAUCUUCAGACCGUCAGAGUGAUGGCGAAGUUGAAGGUGAUGUAUGGGAGAUCACACAAGAGCAAAGGGAUUAUUACAGGGCACAGUUUUGCUUGCUUCAACCUGACAGCCAAGGCCUUCUGCAGGGUCAUGUUGCCAGGUCGUUUUUUGAAAAGUCUAAAUUACCUGUUAGCGAACUUAGAAAAAUUUGGCAGCUUUCCGAUGUAAGUAAAGACGGAGCAUUGUCCUUAGAGGAAUUUAAUACAGCUAUGCACCUUGUAGUUUUGCGAAGAAAUAAUAUCCCGUUACCUGAUGUCCUUCCGCCAUCUCUCGUCCCGUCAAGACAACCUGGACAGCCUCAUCUUGGGAAACAAUGGACAAAAUUUGUUGAAUCUCCGACAAACUCGGUGUCAUCACCAGGGCCUAAACCAGUCAAUUUUGAUUUUCAGAAGUCUUCAGUUGAACAGAGAUUCAUUCCACCCCACAUUGAGGACCCAAAGAUCCUCCAUCCUGUUCCACUUCGAGUCACACCCGGACUGGAGGCUGAAGAAAAUCCUGAGGUUAUCCGGCCUAUUCAACGACCCCAGCCGAAGAAACACACAGCUCCUGGUCCAGGCGCAAUCCCUCCUCCACCCGUACAAACUCUCCCAGAGGAUUUAGUAAUAUGUGGCAAGAAAGAGCCUCCGCCACCUCCACCUCCAAGGCCGUACCGGCACCAUACUAGAAGUUCUUCUCUAGAUCUCACCAGAUUAGGCAAAGCAGCGCAAGGAAUGUUGAACAUGCCUCCAACUGUACCACCGAGAACAUCUCCUGGAACAGUUUCACCAAGGAAACAGUCCAUCAACGAGAAAUCUCAAUCACACGACAUGGUCCAACCCAGUUUUGCCAAUUUUGCCCAGUUCCCUGAAGAAAAAAAGCAAGUCACCGCUGGAGCUUUUCAGAUAUACAAGAAACCAGUUUCAGAAACUUCAGAUCCAGGGCACUGGUCACCGGCUGACAUACCUCUUGAUGUCAGCAUUGUUGUUCGUGAGGCGCACAAUCAGGCAUUGCGACAACAUUGUCAUCUUCUCCAGAAUAGUCUUACGCAGCUCAAGGAGGAGAAGGCUGCACUUCAAGCGAUCCUUGAUAAGCUCAUAACUCACGACUGAUCAAUCUGUUUUAAAUGAGUAUAUUUUUAAUUCUUUGUUUCUGAGCUUCUCAAUGAUUAUAAAUUGUUGGUGAUAUUUUGAAGUUGAUGCACGAAAGUAUUUAAUAUUGUAUUAUAAUUUUUAGAAGAAAAAGUGUAUAUUUAUUGUUUUAUCUAUUGUUGUAUUAAAUUUUGUUUAUAUGCAAUCAAGUGUGCAUUAAAUGUACUUUUUAGUCUUUAUUUUUAAAAAUUAAAAAUCUCUAUAUUAAUAAAGCUAAAAUGAUCUGCCUUUGA